AUGGCGCGAAUUUCUAUUAAUGGAAAAAUAUUAUUAUUAAUAAUAACAAUAUUAUAUAAUUUAUCUAAUAAUUUAGUUUAUACAUUUCGUCCUAAAGCUUCAACACCACUAGGUUUUUAUGAAGGUUUUGAGUAUAAAAAUGCAUAUGUAUAUUUAGGUAUAAGAUAUGCAUCACCUCCAAUUGGUGAAAAAAGAUUUGAGAAACCAACUGUAGUUGAACGUCAUGAUGAUAUUUAUGAUGCUUCACAUUUUGGAAAUGCCUGCCCAACAGGUCAUCGUCAUGAAUUUAAAUAUACAAAACAAAAUAUUAGUGAAGAUUGUUUAUUUUUAAAUAUUAUGACACCAAAAGAUGAACCAAAAAAUAAAAGUGGUUAUCCAGUUUUAGUUUAUAUUCAUGGUGGUGGAUUUUCUUUUGGUGAUUCUGCAUAUCUUGGAUACAAAAAAUUAGUUGAAAAUAUUGUUAGUAAAGGAAUUGUUGUUGUUACUAUUCAAUAUCGUUUAGGAUUUCUAGGAUUUGCCACAACUGGUGAUCAUGUACUUCCAGGAAAUAUUGGUUUAUGGGAUCAAACUUAUGCAUUAUAUUUUAUUGAUGGAAUUAUUACAAGUUUUCGUGGUAAUCGUGAUGAUAUAACAAUUAGUGGUACUAGUGCUGGUUCAGCUUCUGUUGGUGCUUUAACAAUUAGUCCACACUCAAAUUUUAUGUUUAAAAGAACAAUUCAAUUUAGUGGAAGUAUUUUUAAUGAUUUUGGAUUGUCUGAACAAAGUGAAAUUUAUAGUAAAAAUUUAUUUGAAUCAGCUGGUUGUUUAAAAAAAGAUAAUUUACAAAUUCUUCAAUGUAUGAAAGAAAAAACAUUAGAUGAAUUGUAUGAUGCUAUGGAUAAAGUUGGAAUACAUUCAAGUAUAUUUACUGAUCAUAUGUUUACCCCAAGAAAUGAUGAUGAUUUUUUUCCUGGAAAAUUAGAUACAUUAAUAAAAGUUGCUGAUAAAAAACCUUCAAUGAUUGGUCUUGCUACCAAAGAAACUUCUGUUGGUUUAUUUAAUGAUUUUAAUAGAACAUAUAAUUUAGACAAAGAAACAAUUGAUAAUUUUGAUAAAAAAUCUCUUGAAAGUUUUAUUGCACAAAUUGUUUUACCAUAUGAUGAGACGGGUAGAAAUGGUGGUGCAUUUAGACAUCAUUUAUUUAAUUUUGUUGUUGACAAAAAUCCAAUUUCCGAAACAGCUACAAAAGAAGAAAUAAGACAACAUUAUCUUGAAAAGUUAGUUGAACUAACUUCAGAUAUUUCAAUAAAUAUAGGUGUAUAUCAUGAGAUACAAAUUAAAUUAUAUAAUGGUUGGCCAAUUUAUUUCUUUACAAUGGAUCAUUAUAAUGAAUAUAUGCAAAGAAAUCUUCCUGUUAAAGGGGCAACACAUGUAGCUGAGGGUAGUUAUCUUUUUGAUAGUGACCCUAUUCCUAUGGAUAAAUAUACGGAAGAGGAUAAAAAUUUUGAAGAAUCAUUAUCCACUAGUAUUUCAAAUUUUAUAAAGACAGGAAAUCCUUCUUUUAAAAACAUUUCAUGGGACGUGUUAACAAAAGAAAGUUCUUCUAAGCAUUUAAGUUUUGAUGGAAAAGAAAAUAAAAUUGUUUCCGAUUAUAAUAGUGAAAGAAUUAAUUUUUAUGUUAAAGAAUUACCAAAAAAAGUAGGAACGGGGAUAUUGUCUAAGACACGUAUCCCUUCAGCUGAAAUGCACAGAAUUCAUACAGAGCUGUAA